AUGGGGCAGGGGAGCCACAACAGCAAGCCCAGACCCCACCCCCCCAGGCUCCUCCCUUCCAUCCCAGUUCCCGGGGGCCGGGACAGCCUGGGUCCCAGAAGGAGCUGGCCUCAGAACGUGAGCGCCCAGGAGGCCCUUGGGGACUCGGUGUCCUUAAAUAAACAUACCGAGCCCAUCAAAGCUUCGCCUUUUGUCUGGGGCCCGAGGGGAGGGGGCGGGGCGGGACUCCCCCCACCAAGCAGCGGGUCUUCUGGGGCCUUCGGAGGCUGCUCCCCUACCGCUCUGGAGCCCGGGCCCUGGCUGCGGAGGAGCAGUCGAGGUAGCGGAUGCCAACUGGGGUCAGGCUGGCCUUUCGGCAGGCGGUGGCCUCCCUCAGGCUCCUCCGCCCGCAUUCGCCGAUCCCGGAAGGCCCAGACGCUCAGGUUCUCCGUCCCGGGGGGGGGGGGGGGGGGGGCGCUCCCUCCCAGCCGGCGGCCGGGGCUGGGGGAGAGCCUCCCGCCCCGGGCGCUCCCCGCCGCCGCAGCGCGGGGUGGGGUUAGCGAGGCAAACGGAGGAGAGGGAGGAGACCCGGCAGCCGAAGUCCAGGGUGGUCGUGUUUGCCCGGCACCCCGCCGGCGCCGCUCUGGACUCGGGGUGGACCAGUUUUUCAGCUGUCUGCCAGAGGACAAAGUUCCUUACCUGAACAGCCUUGGGGAAAGUUACUGGGUUCAACAACUGCUUCACCAGCUGCCCCCACAUGACAGAGGCCGGGAAAAUCUACUGUGGAUGCCACCAUGUGGAGUACCUUCCAAUGCCAAGCCUGUGAUGAAGUAUCCAAGGGGCCCAACUAGGGGACUGGCAGGGAGGCAGGGGCAUCCAGACUGGAGGAACACAGCUCCUGCCAUCUUAUUCCUCCUUUGGGAAGGAGGGAAAGAAAGACCUGGACUUGGGGGCCCCUCACCCUUCCAUCCUUCCAUUUUCCUGCCCAUCUCCUUCCCACCUCCCCAGAUCAUCUUUGUGGCAGAAUGCAUGGAGGCUGAGGGCCAUCACUGGCACCUGUGACACUUUUGCUGCUUUGACUGUGAGGGGCCUCUGGGGGGGGGGAGCGUUACGUGAUGAGGGGCAGUCGACCUCACUGUGGGGCCUGCUAUGAGGCCAGGCACACCCAGUAUUGUGACAGCAGUGGAGAGUGAAUCGGUGAGGGAGCCUCCCUGAGCCAACCUAAGCAAGGGCAAUGAGCAUCCCUUCUCAGCUUCCAUUGGGCCAUGGACCUCAGUUUACCCCAGAGCCUACAGGCUGAAUGGGCUUGGGAAGAGGGGAAGCUAUAGGGGGAGGUCCUUGCCUUAGGGAAAAGCAGAGAGGGAGGAGCUAAUAGGCCUCUAGCCCUACCAAGCCUCAUUUUUCCUGGCCCAGUUCUCACUCUGUUCUCACCCCUACCCAGGUGGGCAACACUGGCAUGCAUCUGAGAGAUGUUUCAGCUGCUGCUGCUCUGGGCAACUCCUGCUAGGUGAGCCCUUCCUGCCCAAGCAGGGGCAGAUCUUCUACUCCUGGGCCUGCAGCCUACCUGCUCCAGCAAAGGUGGCAGCAGUGGUGAUGGCCACUUACCCCAUGGCUCCUACCACGAUAGUUCUCCAGGCCAGAUCAUACUCUGGCUCCCUGGUGGGCAGAGAGUGCAGCCACUUCUGCCAUGGGGUCCCACAGCGACACUCCAUGCCUGCAUUGGGCCUCCACUGAGUGAGCCCUUUGCAGUGGCAGCCUCUACAGCCUAAUCCUCCAGCCACCUCUGCCCCUAACCCACCAGCCUCCUCAGGGGAGCUCCAUGUUAGCUUCUGGGAACCCCUGGUGGCUCAAGCCCCCCAGGAGAGGGAGCAGCCCCAGAGCCUUCCAGUCAGGCCCCAUCAGAGGAGAGGCAGCAGCCUCAGAGGCCACCUUCACAUUGUCACAGUCUCUACAUGGAGGGGGACUUGGCCUGGGUCUCCCCUUUCCUCCUCCUCUUUGGGGAGCCCAUUCCUUUGCCCCAAGCCCUUCAGAGAGCUUCUCUGGGUCCCCCCAGGGAAGGAAGGGAGGUGGAGGGCUUCUCCUAGGUCAGCUCAGAGCCAGGAUUGACACCAGGACAGGGACAGGAACUGCGCUGUGGCUUGAGAACCUGGUUCAGCCUCAUUCCUCUCACAAAUGGAAAUAGGGGUUUGGAGUGGAUGGUGGCUCAAGUUCGCCACAUCCCCCUUCUACUGCCCAGCAUCCCCUACGGGUACCUGGAGAACCUACUGGGCCAGCCUACGCUUUCCAGAACAUUAAAAUGAUGACUCUCGUGCUUGGGUUCCCAGAUGGUGUUUUU